AUGGCGAGAGUCGGUGAUGUGCUGCUGGUCAAGUACAAUGUGCCGGGCCCCGACCUCUGGCAUGAGAGAAUAGUGUUGGCGGUCCAUCCUACCGAGGCGGGGCACUAUUAUAUGUUGACCCCCGACGGGGAUGCGUACAUAGAGGAUUGCUCGCCCGCCUCCGAUGGCGUCGACAGGAUCCGUGGUGCUGCCGGUCUCGGGGAUACUCCGCCUGCGCUGCAGGGUGCACCCAUCUACCGAUUCAGGGACGUGCCGACCGUGGAUGAUUUGCGUCAGCAGGUCCUCGAUGCGGCGUUGGCCCUCGGGCUCGCGGCUCCUGGCGAGAUACCACGGGGGGUCCAGGCGGCGGGCGUCGCCGUGCCGGCUCUUCGAGCAGACCUUGUGCGGGUGGCUGCUGAGGACGCUGAGGACUUGGCGAAGGGCACUGAGGUCGAGAUCACGGUUGACACUAUCUCUGCGGGCGACAGGGCCAUCAUGCCAUGGAAGGGGGGCUUCGUCGCGCUGCGGCAGAUGACACGCCCCGAGGUGUAUCGCUUCACCUACGAUGACCUGCGUGUGCAGCCCGUGCAGUUCGACUCGAGUGGAGCGCGCAGGGUCACUUUCAGCGAGGGGGUGCAGCGGCAGGAUGACACGCUGCCCGCGGGAGGACUGGACCUGCAUGGCCCGCGUGCGGCUUCCUGGUUCUGCCGGCACGUCGCAGAGAACGGACCGACGCCCCGGGCGGCCCAUGAGGCUUGGCUGCGCAAGGCCAGGCUGCACGAUGGCGACCGCGCCAUCCACGAGCACUUCGUUCUGUCGCAGGUGCUCUCCGCCGCGGUGUGCCACGACCAGCUGAAUGUGCCGGCUUUGAAGUCGAUGGAGCUCUUCAUCAGGAGGCUCCAGCUCAUCAAGUCGGCCUACGCGCACUCCGCCUCCGCGCCGGACUUCUCUGGCGCAGACCACUUCAUGGGCUGGGGGCCGGCCGCCGCCUCCGCGUCUGUUGCGCCGGAGUUGGCCGCCCAUGUGGCUACCAAGUUCAGGGACGAGGCCGCCAUCCUCAAGGAGUCGCGGAAGGCUGCGGAGGAACGUCGCGGACGUGGAGGCGGAGGCAAAGGAGGCAAGGGCGGUGGAGGCAGAGGAGGCAAAGCAGGGCUCGCCCCGGCCGACGGGGAGGGGGGCGGAUGA